AUUAUUAUUAUUUUAUUUGUACCCCAUCCAUCUGACUGGGUUGCCUCAGCCAUAUAUAAAAUGUAACAAAACAUUAAACAUUAGAAAACUUCCCUAUUUAGGAAAUCUUUCCAAAGGUUGUAGAUUUACUUUUCUCCUUGACAUCUGAUGGGAGGGCGUUCCACAGGGUGGGCACCACUACCGAGAAGGCCCUCUGCCUCGUUCCCUGAAACUUCACUUCUCACAGUGAGGGAACUGCCAGAAGGCCCUUGGUGCUGGAUUUCAGUGUCCUGGCUGAAUGACAGAGGUGGAGACACUCCUUCGGGUAUACAGGGCUGAGGCCGUUUAGGGCUUUAAAGGUGUAGGAUAUAUCACCCUCCUGCAAGAUGAGUAACAGCCAUCCACUCCGUCCUUACACAGCAGUAGGUGAAAUAGACCAUGUUCACAUUCUGUCCGAUCAUGUUGGUGUUCUGAUGAAUGGGGAGGAGUACAGUGAUGUUACCUUUAUAGUGGAAAAAAAACGUUUUCCUGCACACAGAGUGAUUCUGGCAGCGAGGUGCCAAUAUUUCAGAGCAUUAUUAUAUGGUGGAAUGCGUGAAUCUCAGCCUGAAGCAGAAAUCCCUCUCCAAGAUACCACUGCAGAGGCCUUUACAAUGUUGUUAAAAUAUAUUUACACAGGCCGUGCCACAUUAAGAGAUGAGAAGGAGGAGGUCCUAUUAGACUUCCUGAGUUUAGCGCAUAAAUACGGAUUCCCAGAACUGGAAGAUUCCACCUCUGAGUAUCUUUGCACCAUCCUUAACAUUCAGAACGUUUGCAUGACUUACGAUGUUGCUAGUCUGUAUUUGCUUCCCAAACUUACAUGUAUGUGCUGCAUGUUUAUGGACAGAAAUGCUCAAGAGGUGCUCUCUAGUGAAGGUUUUCUGUCACUUUCUAAGCCAGCUCUUCUCAGUAUUGUACUGAGGGAUUCAUUUGCAGCACCUGAGAAGGAUAUUUUCCAAGCUUUGAUGAACUGGUGUAAACACAACCCGAAGGAAAAUCAUGCGGAAAUCAUGCAGGCAGUGCGCUUGCCACUGAUGAGUUUGACAGAGCUCUUAAAUGUUGUAAGGCCUUCUGGAUUGCUGUCGCCUGAUGCCAUUUUGGAUGCUAUUAAAGUUCGAUCUGAAAGUCGGGAUAUGGACCUCAACUAUAGGGGCAUGUUAAUACCAGGUGAGAACAUUGCCACUAUGAAAUAUGGAGCCCAGGUAGUGAAAGGGGAAUUGAAAUCUGCUUUGUUAGAUGGAGACACACAGAAUUAUGAUUUGGAUCAUGGAUUUUCCCGACACCCCAUUGAUGAUGACUGCCGUUCUGGUAUUGAAAUUAAAUUGGGUCAGCCAUCGAUAAUUAAUCAUAUACGUAUACUGCUAUGGGAUCGUGAUAGCAGGUCUUACUCCUAUUAUAUUGAGGUGUCCAUGGACGAGCUAGACUGGAUCCGUGUAAUCGACCACUCCAGAUAUCUCUGUCGAUCUUGGCAGAAGCUGUAUUUUCCUGCCCGUGUCUGCAGGUACAUCAGAAUAGUUGGAACACACAACACAGUGAACAAAGUUUUCCAUAUUGUGGCUUUUGAAUGCAUGUUCACCAACAAAACCUUCACUCUUGAGAAAGGCCUGAUAGUUCCCACUGAGAACGUUGCAACGGUCGCAGACUGUGCCAGUGUGAUUGAGGGCGUAAGCCGAAGUCGCAAUGCCUUGCUGAAUGGAGACACAAAGAACUAUGACUGGGAUUCUGGGUAUACAUGCCAUCAGCUAGGCAGUGGUGCUAUCGUAGUGCAGUUGGCACAACCUUACAUGAUUGGAUCAAUUCGGUUACUUCUCUGGGAUUGUGACGACAGAAGCUACAGCUAUUACAUUGAAGUUUCCACUAACCAGCAGCAGUGGACUAUGGUGGCUGACAGAACAAAGGUUUCCUGCAAAUCUUGGCAAGUAAUAACUUUUGACAGACAAGCAGCAUCUUUUAUCAGAAUUGUUGGAACUCACAACACAGCUAAUGAGGUGUUUCAUUGUGUACAUUUUGAGUGCCCAGCUCAAACUGCUGCUCACAAGGAGGAAGGCUGCGAGGAAGACAUGUGCACAAGUGGGCAGCAGCUGGCAUCCCAUCCACCUCGAGCUUCAAGUGCCAGCUCUAUGCACUCUCUCCCAGGAUCCACUUCACACCCAUGAGCUCACCAAGCCUAUAAAGAGCGUGAAUAAAAGUAUUUACGACCCCA